UCAUUUUAUAUCUAUGGUCCAACGAGGCUUCCGUACAAGGCUUGCGACAACAAAAAGGUCAAAGAUGGCAGCCUCCGUAAAGGCCUUCCAUAAAUAUCUAUUUUCCUUCAAAUCGUUAAGAAGUACACAACUCCGAAAUGAACGGUUCUUGUCCACGUCCGAGUGUUGUCCGGCUGCGGAAAAGGACGACGGGCGGCCGCCUACAUUCACCCCUCCACCCAAGCCCGUCAUCGUCGAUAAGACGCAGAGUGUGGCAGCUUUGCGCAAGUUCCUGAGCCCGGAGUUCGUCCCACCCCGUCAGAGGACAAACCCGGUGAAGUUUUACAUGGAGAGGAAAGACAUGAUCCGCAGGAGGACUGUGAUCAACCUUCCGGAAUUCUACGUGGGCAGCAUACUUGCCGUGACCAUGGCUGACCCGAAUGCCAGUGGCAAAUCAAACCGCUUUGUUGGCAUAUGCAUCCAGAGGGGUGGGAAGGGUCUCGGAGCAACUUUUGUCCUGAGGAACAUCAUCAAUAAUCAAGGCGUGGAGAUCUGCUACGAGCUGUACAACCCGCGCAUCCAGGAGAUCCAGAUCCUGAAGCUGGAGAAGCGGCUGGAUGACAACCUGAUGUACCUGAGGGACGCCCUGCCGGAGUACAGCACCGUGGAUCCCGAAAUGAAGCCCGUGCCCAUCUCCCCCACCGGAGAGGUGCCAGUCAAUAUGCUCAAAGUGAAGAUGCGCCCGAAGCCGUGGUCCAAACGCUGGGAGCGGCCCAAGUUCAACAUCCAGGGCAUCCGCUUUGACCUGUCCGUGUCGCCGGCCGGGAUGGAGUACGUUCAGAGGUGGGCGAUGCCUUGGCUGGAGUACGACAUGCUGCGCGAGUACGACACCUCCAAGAUCGAGGAGCAGAUCUCCAGCGAGAUCCAGCGGGAGACGAGCAAGUUGAAAAUUACCUGAGAGCUCGAAUUGCCCCAAUGACUCAAGAGAACCGAAUGAGAUUCUGAUUAUGUGGAGCUCCUCAAAGAUGUAUCUUUACACACAUGCAGGUAUUGUAUAAUAAAUGCCACUCAACACCAUA